AUGCAACAUUUAGGCGAGAAUAUCAAGGAACUGCAGUCCAACGUAGAGUUGUGGAAACACAUUCCGGGUUUGGUGGAAAGUGCCCACGACAUCCUAUCCCGCUCGAAGGAGGCUGUAGAGAGCACUGCCCAGCGCCUAAUUUUGGAGAACCUUUAUGUUGGCGACAUGACGAGGAGGUUUGAUGAGGUUGAACGCGCCCAUGAAAAGACGUAUUCCUGGCUGUUAGGCUCGGAGACACCGCAUACGACCACAAGCGGGUCUGAUUCCAUCGAUGAGCCCUAUUUCAGUCUCAUAAACUGGCUGGCUUAUGGUGGAGGCAUUUUCCAUAUUUCCGGCAAACCUGGCGCAGGAAAAUCAACACUUAUGAAGUACCUUUGCCAAAGCCCAGCGACAAAAUCAUAUCUCAAAGACUGGGCUGGAGAAAAGACACUGAUUUCAGCAAACUUCUUCUUCUGGAAGCUUGGGUCCACAACUCAAAAGUCCUUAAACGGACUCCUUCGAGCGCUUUCAUACUCUAUCCUGGAGCAAGUCCCCGCCCUGCUCGCGACCGUAUUCCCGAGGCAGUGGAGAAAUGCUACGCAAGGAAAAGCGUUCAGGAUUCACAAUUUGUUUUCCUCGCACAAGAUUGCAAUCUUCAUCGACGGCCUGGACGAGUUUGACGGGGACCACGACAAGAUGAUAAAACUGCUUCGCAGUUGGACUGAGAUAGUCCCGGAAGAUGUAAAGUUGUGCGUUUCAAGUCGAGAAUGGGAGAUAUUUCGACAGAGGCUGAUCAACUGCCCUGGAAUUCGCCUCCAGGACAUAACGUGCCGAGACAUCGAAGCGUACAUCAACAGCGAGUUAUCUGACAAUGAAGAAUUCAUGUCCCACUUUUCGGAAGAAUCAAGUGCGAAACAUAUCAUCGAUCAAAUCAAGCACAAAGCCGAAGGCGUGUUCCUCUGGGUAAAAAUCACAUUGAUAGGUCUGAAAUCAGCUCUGCUUUGCGGGGAGCGACUGGGAGAUCUCGAAGCAAGACUCGAGAGUUUACCUGGGGGCCUUGAAGAACUCUUCAUGUCAAUUUUUACCUCAAUCAGGAGCGGAACCCUGACCAAUAAACUGGACAGAAUGAGGGCGAUGCGAAUGAUUCUUCUUACACUGAAAGACUCUGAGAUUGGGUGGUUUACAGAUGUACGGGACCUACUGCUCACGGAUUUUUGGUUCCUAGACUGUUAUGACAAAGACCCCAACUUCGCUAUCAACCUUCCCAUCACGACCGGUACCACUGAAUCUUGGGUCUCUAGACAAGAUAGAGCCAGACGGUCGGUUUACCAACGAUGUAUGGGCCUUCUUGAGAUA